AUGCGACAAUGGUUAAGUCCGCGAUUGAUUAGUUCCCCAUUUCCUCAGUCGCAUGUACCAACGACAAAUUGGACAACUCCGAGAAUUCGACCGACGCUCACGAGUCAAUCGCGAGAACCGAGAACAUAUAUCAGAACGGCUAAUCCCACGGGUGGCCGUCCAUUGAGGAGUGCGAUCGAACGUGCUCCUAUACAAAAUCACGAUACUGUCAAUGAACAAAGAGAAGUUCACUCAGCAAGAGUAAAUCAAAAUCGGUUUGAGCCUGAACAACAAAGCACUCAAAUCAAAAGUUCGAAUGAGCUACUAGAAGAACGUUUCGCCUGUGAAAUUACCAUGUCGUAUGUGUCAACAAUUGGCACAGACACAUCCACCCGUGACGAGAUCACUGUUAUACAACGGUACGAUUCAAACACCGAAACUUCGUUGAUCUAUCGAGGAUAUUUAAAGAACGCAGAUAAGUUCUCGUUCAAAUCUCAACGACGAUUAAUGUCGAGCUUCUCUCUGGCUUUCUAUGUCGAAGGAAAUUUGGAGAACACUAUCAGUGAAUGUUGUGAAUUCAAAUGUAUGCCAACAAGUACGAACGUUGAUGUUCAUCAACGACGAUUUCGUUUCGAAAGGAUCAAGAAUGCCAGAGCGUGUGAAAAAUGUCGAAAAAGGAAUAAAAAACCUCCACAGCAUUUUAUUCAACCGACUACCUCGUCAACGGCAUCCGACAAACAGCAAAAACAUAAAAAGACCUCAAAAGCUAACAAGAUCAAAUCGUUAGAAAAGGAAAUGCCGCCAACUUCACAAACAGAAACUGCAACGAUCAAAACAGAUGUUCAAGAGUCCGAACAACCACCAGAAGAGAAACCUGAUGAUGGGGCACAAGAAACAAGUGAGCAGACCAUCAAUACUGUGGAUUUUCAACAACUGUUACAAUACCUUGCAGGCAUGGGAUUAAUACAAUCUCAAUCAUCAAGAAGAACGCGUCAUCCAAAGAGCGUAGAGAAUUUCUGUUACAUCCUCGAAACUAAUCUACCAAUAUCGAAUGAAGAACAGCAGCUCUUACGCGGUUUGAUUAAUCUGGGUUUUACCUUUGAUGAUGUUAAUUCGCAAGAAUGCAUUGAUCUUCUCAAGAAAAUUGUCCAUGAAAAAGUCGUAUUGAUCAUUUCAAAGGCGAGUAUGGAACAUUUGGCGGAGAAAAUUCAGGAAGAGCCCCUACUCAGUGCGAUUUAUGUCAUCGAUUCGUCACCUGCGACUACAUUUGAGUCGAAAUUUUACCGCGGAUCUUUUCUUGAUAUCACUCGUUGCUGUCAACAGAUNAAUCCAACAGUUGCAGUGACGUAUCAUAACAUGGCAACGGCAUUAGAAGAACUCGGCCGAUUGCAGGAAGCGAAAGAAGCAGUAGAGGAAGCGAUACGUCGUCUACUACUAACAAAGAAAGAAGAUGAUGAAGAUUUACAAAUGCAACGGACAUAUCUCGAACGUUUAAAACAAAAGAUUUGGAUGAAAAGUCUAUUUGCUUCAAAUUAA